CGCCGACACAUACUGCUCUAUGGCAUGGUCCAGAUUCCCAUCGAGCUCUGCCGCCUCUCCUGUUGCUGAAGCGAUGUCACCACCACCGGCCCUGAAACGAGAUAAAGGGAAGGACAGAGAGCAUGCACACGCAGUUGUUUGGGUAGGAGGUAGGCAGGCAGGCCCACCGGGCCACUAAGCGCUGCUCGACGGGGAGCAGUUCGGCAAGGGCAGGAGGCUCCGCGUCCGUUGUUGGUCGGACGAGCACACCAUACACCACAUUCUUGCCGCACUGCUUCGACUUCCACUCCAAAACCUAUCGAUGGAUAGAUGGACGGAUGGAUGGAUCAGUCAAUCAAUCAAGGAGAGGAGUGCUGUCUGUCUGUCUGUCUGUCAGUCUGUGUGUUUGUGUGUGUGUGUGUGUGUUUGUGUUUGUGUGGACCGACAGUCCAGUCGGGCGGCCAGUUGGACCGAUUGUGGACGGUUCUCGCGUACACCGAGUCCUUGGCUGAGGAGGAGGGCCGGGAGCAAACACCAACAGACAGCGGCGUGACCAGGCUGACUGACCAGGCGGCUGCAGGUAUCCGCUCUCUCAUCUCAUCUCAUCUCAUGUCACCUCUGCUGGCGACAGUCGGAAAUUGUUGAGCGGAAUCGUUGACCAUAUAGGCCUCCGGGUCGAUGCGCACCUGCAGCACCACGUAACACCACCGGCCACGAUCAACCUAGGGAGGGAGGGAGGCACACGCAAACGAACCAGCAGACAUUGAGUACCGACUUGACUCGGGGGAUGGAUGGGAAUUGUCCGUCCGUCCGUCCACUCACUCACUCACGAUGAGUGCCUCGGAGUAUGCUUUUGCGUAGUCGAGGGAUGGGGUGCAGAAGGUGAAGAACUGCCCGGGGAUGUGGCCCGGCAAAAUGCGGAUCUGGAUGUUGUCGGGGAUCUUGAGCAGCCGGUCCUUCACGAUGACCGGCACCGUCCUGCGCCGGGUGCCGUGGUAGGCAGGUAACCUACACACAACCAACCAAAAGCAGCCAAAAGAACCGAACGAUCCAUCCAUCCAUCCACCGAUGUAUCGGUGGUCAGUGAGUACCAUUCCCCUGACAUUUCCUUCUCAUCGGGCUGCAGCUUGAUGCCGACCCGGUACCAGCCUACCGGCGGCAUGUAGCACACCGACGAUGGGCCUCUGACGACGGAUGGGGAUGGGACGGGCGAACCACACACAAACAAACACACACAUCCAUGCAGAAAAACAGACAGAGCGUGUGUGUGUGUGUGUGUGUGGCUGAGUGGUUCCUCCCUCCCUCCCUCUGGAUUGCCUGCCUCGCGUAAUAUUGGUUGGCAGGCUCCGUGUAGCACUUGGGGCAGAAGCACUUGUCGUAUCUGCAGAUUUAUCAAGGAAGCAGCGCACUCAUUGCAAACACACAUUCACUCAUCGAUCUCCAUCCACUGUGAGAGCAGUGAGCCGCCCACCUCUCGUCGAGCAACUCAGGGGAAACACCGAGCUGCCGCAUCGCCUUGAACCAAACAGACACACAGACACACACACACACACAGACAUACACGCCGUGCUGCAGUGUGUUGAAGGCAGAUGGUGAUUGGUUCAGAAUCAAUCAUGGCGAUGCCUGCCUGCUUCCAUGCUGUGUGCGCGUGUGUGCUGUAUGAUGUGCGUACAUACCUUAUCGGCGAGAUCCUUCAUGCGACAGGGACCGCCAUCCAUAGCACUGGAUGCAGCGCAGCCCAUCGAUGGUCGCCGUCACAGUGUCAUGCAUUCACGUGUGUACUGCUUCCCACAGACGGUAGUGCGUUGCCUGGGCGUACCAUCUGCCGAUUUCUCAGUGCAAGCU